AAUACAAAAUAAGGUUGUAAAAAUUAAAUAUUUUUAUCAAAAGAGGCUGUUAUACUGAUUAAAUAUGGAUAUAGAUCAGUUGGGUACAGAUGCAAAACUGGCUGCAACAAAGUAUUUUACCAAUAUGCUUAAAAAACCAGGACAGCUGGAGAAAGUUGAACAAUUGAAGAAUCGUAUUUCACGUAAGAAAACUUCUACAGAAGCUAUGUUAAAAACAGCUAUGCAAAGUCAAUUGGACGGGGUUACAAUUGGAAUGGAACAAUUGAAAGAUGCAUUAGAUGACAUUAAUAAAGUAAAAUCAAUUUUAAAUCAGACAAAACAAUCAUUUAUCAACUUACCAUCUCUUGGGUACAAAUUACAAGAUGUCCGUACCAAGCAAAUGCAACAUUCUCAAUAUUUAACAGCUAAUGAAAAUAUGAAACACUUAUUUACAGUACCCGAAAGCAUCGAAAAAACUAAACAGUGGAUAAAUGAUGGAAAGUUCUUACAUGCUCACCAAUGUUUAAUAGAUCUUGAAAACUCAAGAGAUGAUCUUCUGUUUGAAGUACAUAAGUUACCAAAUCAAGCACCUAGCGAUAAAAUACUACUCAAAGCAUAUUUUGAAGACGUUGAAGUUAUGUCUAAUAUGCUGGAAAAACAAAUAAAAUUAGUAUUAAGUAGAACACUAAAUACUGUUAGAAAAGAACCUAUGGUAAUUGUAACUGUGCUGCGUAUAAUAGAAAGAGAAGAGCGUGCUGAUAUAUUUGCUAUACAACGCCAAAAGCAAUCUGGAUUUUUGCCUCCGGGUCGUCCAAAAAAAUGGAAAGAAAUGGCAUUUGAUGUGCUCCAAAAAUCGGUUGACCAACGAAUAGAAGGCACUCAGGUGAAUGAAAGAUCUGACAAUAAAAUGUGGCUUGUAACAUACCUGGAACUAUGUCGUCAAUUAAUACUUGAAGAUUUGCGAGUUGUUAAAACUCUUUGUGUACCUUGUUUUCCACCUUCAUAUAAUAUAUUUGAUAAAUUUGUUAAUAUGUACCAUUCUAGUCUUUCAGCAAAUUUAGAAGAUAUUAUAUCAAAUGGAUUAGAAGGUAACGAGUAUGUUACAAUUAUUUCAUGGGUAACUAAUACAUAUUCAGGAGUUGAGUUGAUGAAGCAUCCCGAAUUGAAUAUAGAUAUUGGUAAAGUUGGUUCUUUAUUAAAAUCAUCAAUUAUUUUUGAUUUACAGUCAAAAUAUUUGGAUUAUAUCAAAGGCAAUUACAAAGAAUGGAUGUUAAAAACAUUGGAUACCGAAAAGAAUGAUUGGUAUGCUGGCGCUUCACCUGAAGUUGGUCCUGAUGGAUGUUUUCAUACAGCGGCUCCAGUUAUUAUAUUUCAAAUGAUCGAUCAAAAUUUACAAGUCACAAAAACUAUCAGCCAGCACUUAACGCAUAAAGCAUUAUUAUUAAGUGUGGACAGUGUUAGUUUGUAUGGAUUAUCUUAUAAAGAGGCUGUUAUUGAGUUUAAGAAAAAACACUUUGAGGAUAGAGACAAAGUGCCAUUUUUUACACAUUGUAUAAUCACAGUACUCAACAACUGUUUGCAAAUUAUUGAGUUGGCCUUAGAAAUGAAACAACAUUAUUGGAGUAGUGAUUUUAAAGAUCAGUCGAGUACUGCUUAUGAAAAAUUAAUUAAGACUUUUCAAAAUCUUAGAGAUGAAGCAGCACAAUUUCUUUUAGAAGAAGCAUUUCUUGAUCUGGAUAUUCAUUUUCAAGAUUUGAUAACCUCAAAAUGGCUAACCAGCUUCAUAUCCAUUGAAACCAUUUGUGUGACCUUAGAAGAUUAUUUUCAGGAUUAUACUCAUUUAAAACCUAAGAAUUUGGAGUAUAUAAUUUUGGAAGCUCAGGAUAUAAUAGUACGGCGCUACAUUAUAGCUAUGUUACAGAAAAAAAUUAAUUUCAAGACAUAUGAAGAGCGUCGUACAGCAGCUGAUAAAAUGACCAAAGAAGUUGAUCAAUUAAAAUCAUUUUUUAUGCGUGUUGCACCUUUAGUAAUACGUGAUAAAGAUUCACCUUUUGAUGCUGUUAUAAAGUUAUCUGAAGUAUUGAAAAGUGAAGAUUCUGAAAUACUUUCUUUGGAUCUGCACACGCUUGUAAAAAUGUACCCUGAUAUAACUGAGGAUCAAAUGACUAGAUUGUUAAGUUUGAGAGGUGAUUUGAGUAGAUCAGACAUACGAGAAAAAGUACAGUAUGCGAUCCAAAAUAAUAAAGAACUUGCUGGCACUACAUUAACUAAAAGCAUAUUUCAACAAAUACACUUGUAGUAUAAAAUUAAUUUAUAAAACUUACUAUUUAAUAAUAAUUAA